GAAACGCAAAAAAGAUACAAAUUGAAUCCAAAAUUCUGAAGGCGCUUAAACUGACAUUCUCUCUGAGACUGAGACUCUUAGUCUCUGAAAUUUCCAACACUUUAGGCAUUAGGGUUUUUCAGAUUAUACAAAUUGAGAGCUCGCUUAAUCCCCAAAGUUUCCAUUUUAAAAGGAAAAAAUAACGUAUUUUUGGAGUGUUUGAUGGAUCGUCUACGUCCGAGACAGAGACCGGUCUUAUCUGGAUUUACAAAAGCCGAGGUUGUGUAUGUGAUAGUUUGGAUUGAUUCUCUCUUUUUCGCUCUUAUGCAUUGGGGUUUGGAAUCAUUCUUGGUUUAACGUAAUUGAGAAGAUGGAGAAAUUGUCGGUGGAAUCAAGGGAGCUGCUGCAGAGUAAGGAGUUUUGUCAAAAAAUUGCGAGAAGUUUCAGUUCAUCCUCGGCUCGUGCUGGCAAACCUAUUGUUAAAUGGACUGAGGUACAAAGCUGGUUCGGAUCUAGGCAGCAGGAAAGCACAUCCAAAGUUCCUUCCUUUACUGAUACAUCCGAAAACCAGUCCUCAAUACCUGAAACAUGCCCUCUAAACAAUGGACCUCAAAAUUCUCAAACUCUUAAAGCAGUGGAUUCACAACCUGGAGAAAAGAUUCCUGAUCUAUCAGAACUAAAAUUCGAGGCUAAGUCAUGUAAAGAUGGAGCAUGGUAUGAUGUUGACAUGUUUCUCGGUCACCGGUUUCUAAGUUCUGGUGAAGCUGAUGUUCGGGUCAGAUUUGUUGGAUAUGGAGCUGCAGACGAUGAAUGGGUUAAUGUAAAAAAGGCAGUACGAAAGCGAUCCAUCCCGUUUGAGCAUUCUGAAUGUAAUAAGUUGGUUGUUGGAGAUCUCGUAUUGUGCUUGCAGGAGAGAGGGGACCAAUCAAUUUACUAUGAUGCUCACGUUGUAAAGAUUGAUCGGAAAAUGCAUGACAUACGAGGUUGUAGGUGUCUGUUUUUUAUCCGAUAUAAUCAUGACAACACAGAGGAAAGAGUUCGAUUGGAGAAACUAUGUUAUAUUUCGGGCAUACGAACUAAUUAGUUUGCAGAAUGCUUUUGAACUUUUACUUUCCUUCCAACAACCGGUUUUGUAAUUUUUUAUUUGGGAAGGUUGAUCAAAUGUGAUUUUCUGAGCAAGAGAAUUACUACUUGUAUGUAAAUCGG